AUGAGCUCUACUGAAAAAUCUUUGAUCACUAAAUUCUUCAUCUUCCUUCUCAUACGCUCUUGCUUUUCUAUUGACACUAUUACACCAAACCAACCUCUAAGAGAUGGCGACAUUCUUGUGUCAUCCGGAAAAGUCUUUGCACUCGGAUUUUUCAGUCCCGGAAAUUCUGGCAACCGUUAUGUUGGAGUAUGGUACUACCAAGUUCCUAACCAAACAGUUGUGUGGGUUGCAAACAGAGAUCAUCCUGUCGAUGACAGAUCUGGGUUCCUAGCAGUUCAAGGAGACGGGGGCCUUGUGGUUUAUGGGAAAGACCAAAAGGUCCCUCUUUGGUCCUCUAAUGUUACUCUCUCCUCUCCAAACAAUUCUCUGGCCAAGCUUUUGGAUUCUGGAAAUCUUGUCUUGCUUGAGAACGGGGUAAGCCAAAAUGUGCUUUGGGAAGGCUUUAAUUAUCCCUCAAAUACUUUUCUACCAUUUAUGAAAGUUGGGGUGAACAGGCAGUCUGGAAUAGAGUGGUAUUGUACAUCUUGGAAGUCUCAAGAUGACCCAGGAACCGGGAACUGUUCGUAUCGGAUUGAUCCAAGGGGAUUUCCACAGCUGAUUUUGUAUAAGGAUGGAGCUCCGUGGUGGAGGGCUGGAACUUGGACUGGUCAGAGAUUCAGUGGCGUACCGGUCUCGUCACCUAAUUUCAUCUUCAAUAGUAAUUUUGUGAACAAUCAAGACGAGAUAUCGAUCAUGUAUGAUGUUACUAAUGCCUCAUCAAUCUACACUAGGACAGUGCUAGAUGAAACAGGAACCAUUGCACGGUCCACAUGGAAUGGUGAUGCACAAGAAUGGAACGUGUUGUGGUCAGCCCCAGUAGAGCGGUGUGAUUACUAUGGACGCUGUGGUCCAAAUAGUAACUGUGCCCCGGACUAUGUAGCUAGCACUGAAUGCACAUGCCUACCUGGGUUUGUACCCAAGUCGCCGGCCGAUUGGUACUUGAGAGAUGGAUCAGGGGGGUGUAUUCGAGAAAAAGGAGUAUCCAUAUGUGGAAAUGGGGAUGGAUUUGUGAAGAUUGUACGAGUAAAGAUACCAGAAUCGUCUACGGCUAGUGUAAACAUGAAUUUGAGUCUAAAAGCGUGUGAACAAGAGUGCUGGAGAAAUUGUUCUUGCACUGCUUACUCGGCUGCAGGUGAGAACAAGGGAGGAAUUGGAUGUGUGACAUGGCAUGAAGAUCUUAUGGACACAAGGACAUUUUCAAGUUCUGGCCAAGAUUUAUAUGUUCGAGUUAAUGCUACUAUCUUGGGUAACAGUUCUCUGUUUUGUUACUUCUCUAGUACUAGAUUUCCCUUGCUCAUAAUGACAUGUGCUCAUGAUCUUGAUGAUUUUGCUCAGUAUGCCAAGUCCAAUGGUUCUCCUACCAAAAAGGCAAAGCUGGCCAUUUCAAUAGUAUCUGUCUUACUGUUCUUCUUUGUAGUUUUCCUCGUGUACUGGCUGGUGAAGAGGAAAUUGACAGGCAAGAAAAGACCAAAUAAAUUUGAAUCAAGAGUUCCCACAGGGUCAAUGUACUUCGAAAAGUCUACCGCGGAUCUUGAUGAUCAGAGUACAAUGAACUCAUCAGAGUUACCCUUUUUUGACCUACGCAUCAUAUCUGCAGCCACAAACAAUUUCUCAGCGUCUAAUAAGCUUGGAGCAGGCGGUUUUGGCUCCGUUUAUAAGGGUGUGCUUUCUAAUGGAAAGGAAAUUGCAGUUAAAAGACUGUCUAAGCAUUCUGGCCAAGGAAUUGAAGAGUUCAAAAAUGAAGUCAUGCUGAUUGCAAAACUACAACAUAGGAAUCUUGUGAAGAUUUUAGGCUGUUGCGUUCAAGAUGAAGAGAAUAUGCUGAUCUAUGAAUAUGUGCCGAACAAAAAUGAAACCAACAGAGCACUUUUAGAUUGGAAGACGCGGUUUGAGAUAAUCUGUGGGAUUGCUAGAGGGAUCUUGUAUCUUCAUCAAGAUUCAAGAUUAAGAAUCAUCCAUAGAGACUUAAAGGCCAGCAAUGUUCUACUGGAUGCUUCCUUGAACCCCAAAAUUGCAGAUUUCGGUCUGGCUAGAAUAUUUAGAGGAGAUCAGAAUGAAGCAAAUACGAAUCGUGUGGUUGGGACAUAUGGUUAUAUGUCGCCAGAGUAUGCAAUGGAAGGAUUGUUUUCAGUGAAGUCAGAUGUAUAUAGUUUCGGCAUUUUACUACUAGAGAUCAUUAGUGGUAGAAAAAACAGUGGUUAUUACGAUGAAUCAUAUCCCGACUCAAAUUUAGUUGGACAUGUAUGGAGUCUGUGGAGGGAAGACCAUGCCUUGGAAAUAGUUGAUUCAACUCUGGGAGACUCGUUCCAGUUUGAUGAAGUUCUGAGAUGUAUACAAAUUGCGCUCUUGUGCGUGCAGGACUUUCCGACCGAGAGACCAACCAUGUCAGCAGUUCUAGGAAUGUUAAGUAAUGACGCAGCUCUUCCUCCGCCGGGUAAACCUGCAUUUCUAGUGAAGAAAGCAGGUACCAGUGAAGAUAAUUCUAUCAAUAAUGUGACAUGUACUAUUGUAAGAGCUAGGUAG